GAUUUUUAUCGGAAGCGGAAUUGGCAAACAUGCUAGCCUCCACAUCGCGAAACUCUCUUAAGAGAGUCUCCAAGAAGGCUACGCUAUGGUCUUCCCAGUCCGAGUGCUCUGUAGUGCUGCCUGUGUCCUUUUUCCGAUGUCAGAGCACUCAACAGCAGGUUGCAACAAAGUCUGCUCCACGUUCGGGCUCGUCUGCAAUUCGGAACAAACCAUGGUCCUUCGUCCCAGAUCAAACUUUUCAGGGAACUGCACGUCAUAGUGCUAUAGCGCGCUACCAGUUCAGGUCUACGGGGCUUGCCAAUCACAAGAAAACCGUAGAUGCUAUAAGAAUGUGCAGAGAAAUGAAGGAAGAAGGCGUAAAACCGGACAUCAUCAUUUAUAAUAACUUGCUGGCAUGUCUCGCGGAAGACUGUCAGGUGCUAGAGGCUUGGGCUACUGUCGAAGACAUGGCUUCUAUGGGUAUUGCACCCGACCGACACACUUUCCAUCAUCUUAUACAUGCAUCACGUCGACUGCAAUCAUCAGCUAUGUGGGAUAUUAUCGAAAAGAUGAACGCAGAAAAUAUCCCUCCGAACGAACAAACUUACCAGCUGAUGAUUCAACGCUUCACAGCGGGAGAAAAUCUCGAAUUUGCACUGCAGUGUAUCUAUGAGAUGGGGACGCGGGGGCUUGUCCUUGAGCUCACGAUCGCUCAAGAUGUGAUAAGAUUGGCAGCAGAACUAGGCUUUCCCCGACUCGCACUCAACCUGGCAGAGAAUUUUGAGGCAACCUCCGUCCGGAGAUUAAGCCCGGAAACAUGGAUGAGAUGUCUAGCAUCCUCCGCUGAAGCUCUCUACACCGAGGGUGUUCAACGAUGCUGGCAAAAGGUCGUAGACCUCAAUAUCACUCCAGACGAAGGACUCUGUCUCGAUGUCCUCCACACUGCUGGACGUCACGGACUCUCUGACCUCGCGACAGAUGUCAUUCGUGUCCUCAGAAACCUGGGCGCUGACUGGCAAGAACACCACUUCGCACCCCUCGUGGAGGCACUUUGCAACGCCGGCAAGCUAAAAGAUGCGUUCGGCACACUCGACUUGAUGCGAAGUAGCAACAUAUUCCCUACUGUGACAACGACUCAGCCGAUAUACGACGUCCUGAAACAGGAUAUUAACAAGGUGGACAGCGCUUGGGAACUGCUUGACAAGCUGCGAAGUGAAGGGAAGACGAUUGACAGGACCGCAAUCAAUGCCAUCAUCCGCGCUGCCAUAUCACUCUCAGAUCUGCAGCGCGCCGUGGGCGCCUACAAGGCUUUCCCCGAUUACAAAUGUGUUCCUGACAUCGACACUUUCAAUUCCCUCCUUUCCGGCUGUAUCGUUGCCAGUCACCGUGAACUCGGGGACAGACUGCUCCUGGAACUGAAGGAAUUGGGCAUCAAACCAGAUGCAACGACCUACGAGCGGAUCAUCAUCCUUUGUCUCACGCAGGUCACAUAUGAGGAUGCGUUCUUCUAUCUCGAAGAAAUGAAAGCGCAGAAGUUUGUACCGCCACGGAGCGUUUACGAUGCCAUUAUUCGUACUUGCGUUGCUGCUGGUGACUCGCGGUACACGCUAGCACUGGACGAGUUGAAGCAGUGUGGAUACACUGUUUCGAACAGCCUACAAAAGUUUAUCGAUUCUGGAGGACGAGAGUCACAGUCGAGGUCAUAGCGUACAUGUAUUGUUCAUCGAUAUCACCGAUAGGUAGCUAUAUGAUUUGCCUCCCGAGAUGUGGGUUCAGAUGUGGUGCUUGCACCGCACCGCGGAACUAUGAACGAUUCUGACCGUGUACCAAACACUUCACGUUGUACGACUGUCUUCCUUUCGUAAUUUGCCUUCAUUGCAGAGCCUAAGUAGCUGGCAGAUAAGUUAUGUUUCAUUUCAGUCUCGACUAACGGAACGUUUCCGUUAUUUC